AUGUUGAGUACAGCUCGUAUAGUACACGGAAAUAGCUCUAUUUCCCCAUCCGCUAUUCAACAUGGAGCGUCCAGAAACCCGGCCUCAAGCGAAGUCGGAUUCCCUGCCCUUAGCCCGUAUGACUACGGAAUUCACCUCUUUGAACUCCGAGUCAAGACAACUGUUGCCCUCACUUUCAUUCCUCCAGCGAUCGAAACGAUUUCAUUUGGACCACGGCCGAGUCGAGCCUCCAGUGUUAUAUCGACACGGACGGGGUUGACCAUUGGAACCUUGCAAGAAGAGGCGAGGAGUAUUCGCAGCGUCGACCUUGUUCUUGGCGGGAAGCUCUUUCACAUCAAUCGAGAUGCGUCGAAAAUCUCUGUUUUGGAGCAGAACGAUCUGCCUGCGUACUCCUCGCCCCCACCCCACUCUUUUCCCGAUGGGGUACCUGGAGCCGUUGUAGGCUCUGAACGUGUUAUCAGCUCAUCAACGCCAUUACAUGAAGCGAUAAACAGAGAGCAUGGCUCCACAGUCACUGGCAAUGAGCAGACAGUUGAAAGGUCAAUGUCCUUUCAUCCAGGCCCAGAUAAACUAUGUUUAGCGAAAAAGAGGUCUGCUUCACAAGGAAACAUACCGGAACGCGCAUACAGUCAUUUGAAAGCACUUUCGUCACCGCUUCGACGACGAAAUGGAGUUCGUUUACCCAAACUUUCGACUGAAAUACUUCAGACAGCAGGUAUUUCGGCUGAAGAAGCUGAAGACACUCGUGCCACUCGUUCUGCAGAGCCCCGAAUCUGCAGCUCCGGAUAUCCGGUAAAUAUUGGGCUGAAUGUCAUUGGAAGUUUCCCUCACAGUUUCAAACGAACGGCACCCCCUGAGGAGGCUAAAGGUCCUGAGGAUUCACUAAAAAAUGACGGCUCAAACAUACUGAUUCCUGAAAGCCCGGUCAGGAUCGAAGAGCACCAUGCUGAUGGGACCGCACCGCCAUCAAUGGAUUCGGAGAACGACAUCAGUAUCCAUUAUACACGGCUCAUUCGCAGCAUUGAUCGGGAUCAUAGAAAAGCCCUUCAUAUACGAGAUAAAGAAUUGGCAGCAAUGAGAGAAAGGCUAAACGAAUUAGAUCAGGUCUAUCGCAAGGAGCUAAAGUUACGGGACUUUACUAUUGACGAUCUACGCCAGAGGCUUGAACAUCUUGAGAAGGGGAUGGAAUCUCAAAUUCAAACAGUCAGAAACGAGGUGGAAGAGCAGUGGGAAAACCGGUGGAAGGUCAGAGACCGACACUAUAUGGAAAGAAUGAAAAGGAUGGAGCUAGACUUUCAGGGAAGGACUAAAUAA